AUGGCCGAUACAGUUACGGCGUCCGUGGAAGCUAGAAACACUGUUAGUGGUAUUGAUAAUGGCAUCAAUAAAGAGAAAUCUGCCCGUCUAUACGUAUUCGGAGAUCAGACUGCUGCCUUUGAAGACACGCUAAAGAGCCUCCUAAGCGUCAAAGAUAACGCAACUCUGUCAGACUUCUUCAGAAGGGUCGGCUUCCAGCUUCGAAGUCACGUAGGCAGACUUCCACUACACGAGCAAGACCUUUUUCCGCAAUUCACGACUCUUGUUGAUCUAUUUGCCCGUCAUGAACAGUUUGCUGGGUCACCAGCUCUGAAAUUCACUCUUUUGUGUGUUACUCAGAUUGCCCAAUUCAUCAAGUAUUAUGGAGGGCGAGGGACUUAUCCUCCUUUGACAAGCACAUAUCUGACAGGAGCUUGCACGGGGUCAUUUGCAGUUGCCGCAAUCAGUUCCUCCAGGUCUAUCGGGGAACUUCUUGCCCCAGCAGUUGAAGCUGUGAUCGCAGCAUUCAAGACUGCCAUUUACUCAUUGAAUUUGAGAAACGAUACGGAUUACAGAGGUUCUACAGGUUCAAAUUCUUGGUCAGUGGUUGUGGGCAUCCACGAAUCGGAAGCAGCACAGCUUGUGACAACUUUCAACGCUGGAAAGCGUUUACCUCCUGUCUCGGCAAUUUAUUUAAGCUGCAUAACUCAUAGCAAUACAUCUAUAUGUGGGCCUCCAGAGCUCCUGCUCGAGUUCUUGUCGACCAAUUCUUUAAAACACUUGUCGUUGCCGAUUGAGACUCCAUAUCAUGCACCGCAUAUUUCCGACUCAUCCGUCAUUGACAAAAUAGUUGGACCCUUCUCCGAUCCGUCAUUGGAAGGCUGCAAGCAAUGCUUCACAAGCGUGUCUAUCGCGUCCGGGAAGAUUGCCAGUUGUUCAAGUUUCAGAGAAUUGCUACGGAAGGCAGUUUCUGAGACGUUACUGGAACCCAUGCGAUGGGAUAUCAUGACAUCCUCUCUAUGCGAUGAACUUUUACGAGAACGCUUCACUUCAUGUUGUAUCUACCCGAUCUCUUCGAAGAGCGUCCAAUCUCUUUCCUCGGCCCUAUCUCAAAAUGCAAAACUACAAGUCAACAUUAUCAGCUCGUUUGACGUGAACAAUACUUCCAAUGUGACAUCUAUCACCGGGGAAUUCUCUCAUUCAAAUAUUGCUGUAAUUGGUUAUUCGGGUAGAUACCCAGAGGCAGCCUCAAAUGAAGAGUUUUGGGAACUACUGGCCGCAGGGAGAGAUGUACAUCGAACAAUCCCCGAAGAUCGAUUCGACUGGAAAGCUCAUUACGAUUCCACAGGGAAGACCAAGAACACCAGUCGGGUGAAGUACGGUUGUUUUGUGAAAGAACCAGGACUCUUCGACGCCCGGUUUUUUAAUAUGUCUCCCAGAGAAUGCGAGAAUUGUGAUCCUGCGCAACGACUAGCGAUCACCUCUGCUUAUGAAGCAAUUGAAAUGGCAGGGCUUGUUGCUAAUAGAACACCAUCAACGCAGCAGGAUCGCAUCGGUGUAUUCUAUGGGGUCACUAGCGAUGACUGGCGGGAAGUCAAUAGUGGACAAGAUGUUGAUACAUACUUCAUCCCAGGCGGAAACCGCGCUUUCAUCCCAGGUCGGAUAAGAUUUUGUGGACCAAGCUUGAGUCUCGACACAGCUUGUUCGUCCAGCUUCGCAGCUAUUCAGACAGCCUGCGCCUAUCUAUGGCGUGGCGAAUGUGAUACUGCUCUGGCAGGGGGCGCCAACGUUCUGACCAAUCCUGAUAACUUUGCUGGGUUAGACCGAGGCCAUUUUCUCUCUACCACUGGCAAUUGUAAUUCUUUUGAUGACACAGCGAAUGGGUAUUGUCGUUCUGACGCCGUUGGUACCGUAAUCCUUAAAAGAAUGGAGGAUGCGAUUGCUGACAAUGACCCAAUUUUUGGAGUAAUUCGCGGGGCCUAUACAAACCAUUGUGGACGAACAGAUUCUAUAACGCGGCCAUUUGAAGGUGACCAAGCAGCUGUCUUCAACCGAAUCAUGCGAUACGCAGGUGUUGAUCCUUUAGAUGUGGCGUAUGUGGAAAUGCAUGGAACUGGUACUCAAGCGGGAGAUGCGACGGAAAUGAAGUCGGUCUUGUCUGUAUUUGCACCUUUUACGUCGAGGAAAUUCCCAUUACACUUAGGGACUGUCAAGGCCAAUAUCGGACACGCCGAAUCUGCGUCAGGUGUGGCAUCUUUAAUCAAAGUGUUAAUGAUGAUGAAACACAAUGCGAUACCACCUCACUGUGGCAUCAAGACAAAAAUAAAUCAGAAGUAUCCAAAAGAUUUGAAAGAACGCAAUGUCCAUAUACCCCUCCAGCUGACACCCUGGUUUCGUCAGGAUAUGUCAUUGGGAAAGCGCAUGGUCUUUCUGAAUAACUUCAGCGCAGCUGGUGGGAAUACAGCGGUUCUGUUGGAAGAUGCACCGGUAAGGUCCGUGAAAGAUGGUAAAACCGAUCUAUCUUCAAGACAUCAGCCAGUGACGGUAACCGGGAAAACAAUCAAUUCCCUGAAGGGUAAUGUUGAAAAUCUAGUUAUCUAUCUUGGCCAGUACCCGGACACUUCUCUUUCUUCACUGUCGUAUACAACCACGGCAAGGAGAACGCACCAUAAUUAUCGAGUAGUUGUUUCUGGGUCCGAUAUCAACUCAAUUCGCGGCCGGCUACAGAAGAGCUUGGAAGGUAUUUCAGAAACAAAGCCAAUCCCAACAACGGCGGCUAAACUUCCGAAGAUUAUUCUUGUCUUUACUGGACAAGGCAAUAUUUACGAAGGGCUUGGAAAACAGCUUUAUGACUCCAACCCAAUCUUUCGUGACAGUAUCAUGCGUUUCGAUAAUAUCACGCAGCAACAAGGCUUCCCGAGUUUUCUACCUCUAGUGACUGGCAGUAUCUCGGACACACCAAAAGACUGCAGACCCAUUAUCAAUCAUUUGGCGCUCGUUUGUGUUCAAAUGGCGUUGUAUAGUCUCUGGAAAGCCUUGGGAGUGACACCUUCCGCUACCAUAGGCCACAGUCUGGGCGAGUAUCCUUCGUUGUAUGCCGCAGGGGUCUUAACAGCAUCAAAUGUAAUAUACCUAGUCGGAACACGAGCUCGACUUCUGACUGAAAAGGCAACUGUGGGAACUCAUGCCAUGUUGGCUGUCAAGCUAUCGACAGUCGCUCUUGAGCGAGAGUUACCAGGGACCAAUUGUGAGAUAGGUUGCCUCAAUCAGCCCUCAAACAAUGUUAUUACUGGACCAUUAGAGCAACUCAGUAUGCUGAAAGAUCGAUUCAAGUCAAGGGGUAUCGAUUGCAUGUUUUUAGAUAUUCCCUUCGCAUUUCACUCCACCCAGGUUGAUCCAAUCCUAGCACCAUUUGAAACAGCAGCUAGUGCUAUUGUUUACAAAGAGCCUCUAAUUCCGUAUAUAUCUCCUUUGCUUUCGAAGGUGAUAUCUCCUGGUGACAAAGAGGCACUCAAUGGCAGGUAUCUUACCAACGCCUGUCGUCAAGCGGUGAAUUUUCAAGGUGCCAUCGAGGCGGCUCAAACCAAUUCGCUGGUUGAUGAAAAGACUAUAUGGCUUGAAGUUGGCUCACACCCAGCUUGCGUCGGGAUGGUUAAGAAUAUUCUCAACAAGCAAAGUUCCGUCUUUGGCUCGCUCCGAAAGGACACAGACGCGUGGUCCGCAAUAAUGCCUGCUAUAGAAGGACUAUAUUUGAACGGCAUUGAAAUUCAAUGGUCGGAAUACCACAGAGGCCUUGAGCAGCAGCAGGAAGUUUUAAAUCUGCCAAGAUACGCUUGGGAUCUAAAAAAUUACUGGAUCCAGUAUCGCAACAAUUUCUGUCUUACGAAGGGCGAUGAUGCUCCUCUUCCGGCUUCAAUGGUUCCAGCCACACCUUUGGAUCAGAGAUCAACGCCUUCAUACAUAUAUGUCUCGCCAUCUGUUCAGAGAAUAAUCAAGGAGGAUAAUGGGGCAGAUAUAUCUUCAUUGGUAGCUGAGUCUGAUAUUCACGAUGGUCGGCUCGCUCCCAUCUUAGAAGGUCAUGUCGUCAACGGUGCUCUCCUUUGCCCUUCGUCUCUCUAUGCCGACAUUGCCAUCACAAUUGCGCAGUAUAUGACGAGAGCAAUCGGAACUUUGAAUGAUACAACUGGACUAGAUGUUGCCGAUAUGAAGGUAAUAAAUCCCUUGGUAUUCAAGACAGAUGUCGAUGCACAGCUCUUUCGGGUAGCUGCUUCGGCUGAAUGGAAACGCAACAUAGUUUUGUUCAAGCUCUUCAGCAUCAAUGAUGGGGGAAGAAAGACCACAGACCAUGCAACUUUUUCUGUGUUGAUCAACCCGAACCAGAACUGGAUUGGGGAGUGGCGGCGGCAAGCCUAUCUGAUUCACAGCAGAAUAUCUGCACUUAGCAACAGUGUCAGUGAGGGUAAUGCUCACAUGCUCAAGCGAACUUUGGCAUACCAGCUAUUUUCAACAUUGGUGUGCUACAACCAAGAUUAUCAAGGAAUGCAAGAAGUGAUACUGGACAGUGAAGAGCGUGAAGCAACAGCUAGAGUUGAAUUUCAAGUAGAUGACUGUGGCUUCAAGUUCAACCCCUGUUGGGUCGAUAGUCUCGGCCACAUCGCCGGAUUUAUCAUGAAUGCGGGCGAUGCAACACCCACAAAAUCUCAAGUCUUUAUCAAUCACGGUUGGGACCGAAUGCGUUGCGCGAUCAAAUUUGAGAAGGGGGUUCAAUAUCAAGUUUACAACCGAAUGCAGUUGGACAGUGGCACAACAUAUAUGGGCGACACUUAUAUCUUCAAGGAUAAUAGCCUGGUCGCUAUUUACGAAGGCAUUCGCUUCCAAGGUGUGCCGCGGCAAGUUCUUGAUCGCCUCCUACUAGCGAGUAAACAGCCACAACCGCAACAAGCGCAGGGUAAUAACCAGGCUCAUGUUGAGCGCUCAGUCCAAAAGCCUGAACCUUCAGCUGCAUUAUCAACAAGCAUGCUUCCGAAGCAAGCAAGUCGGACAGCUAAGGUGGAGGAAAAGUCAUCCCUGGUUUCAGCCCCAGCUUUCAGGCCUAGUGAUAUUGCAUCGCGGGUGCUAGUCAUUGUAGGGGAAGAAGCUGGAGUCAAUCCUACCGACCUUCAACCUAAUGAAGACUUCCAAAACCACGGGAUAGAUUCGCUUCUUUCACUUACCAUUGUUGGCCGACUUCAGGAGGAGCUGGGUGUUGAUAUUCCCUCUUCAUUGUUUACCGAUUGUCCCACUCCAUCGGACCUAAGGCGAUUCUUCGGAAGUAGUAAUAAUAGUUCUUCCUCUUCCACCACAGAUGAUGGAAUCGAAACCCCUGAGAACAGAGAUAUGGAUUCAGCCAGUUCUAUGCCGGAUGGGGAAGUUCAAUAUUCAGUUCUAGAAAUUAUACGUGAAACAAUUGCGCAGGAGACGGGUGUUACAGUCCACGAGUUGUCAAAUGGCAGCAGUUUUGCGGAUCUGGGAGUGGAUUCCCUAUUGGCACUCACCAUCGUAGGAAAAUUGACGGAGAUUCUUAAUAUAGAUCUCCCUUCCAGUUUACUCAUGGAGAAUGAGAAUCUGGAAGAAAUCAGCAAGGAGCUGGGGCUACAAUUAGAUCCGUCACCAGCAUCACGCCAAGCAGCACAAGGACAGCAUACACCAAAUGUCAAAGUAACACCAAAAUAUAGCUUUGACCCGAAUACUGGCCCUCAGUCAACAUCAAUUCUCCUCUCAGGAAGCCCAAAAACAGCGAAGAAACUAGUUUGGCUGUUUCCUGACGGCUCAGGGUCCGCGACAUCGUACGCCUCCAUUCCAAAGUUCGGAUGUGACAUCGCCGUAUACGGACUAAACUGUCCAUGGAUGAAGAAACCACAUGAUAUGACCUGCACUUUGGAGGAAUUAACCUCCAAAUAUCUCGUGGAGAUUCUGCGACGUCAACCUACCGGACCGUAUUUCCUCGGUGGAUGGUCAGCUGGGGGCAUUUGUGCAUUUGAAGCUGCACAACAACUUGCACGAGAUGGAUCUAAGACCGAAAAGUUGAUACUUAUCGAUUCGCCGAAUCCGAUUGGUCUUGAGAAUCCACCGCAGCGCAUGUAUGACUUCUUCGAGAGUGUUGGCAUAUUCGGAAGCAGCAAUAACAUGGCACCACCCAGCUGGCUGCGUCCACAUUUCGAUGCCUUCAUUCGGUUACUGGACGACUACAAUAUCAAACCCUAUGUCGACUCGUCUACUAGCAUGAAAGCCUACAUGCUAUACGCACGCGACGGUAUAUGUAGUGAUCCCAGAGUCCCUCGACCAGAAAUUCGACCUGAUGAUCCACGUGAAAUGAUCUGGUUGAUCAAUAACCGUACGGAUUUCAGCGGUGACGGAUGGGCGUCUCUGGUAGGCAGGGAGAAUCUGCAAAUCACCGUCAUGGACAAGGUGAACCAUUUUUCGAUGAUGGACAAGGGACCACACAUGAAACAAUUUGCGGCCUUUCUUCAACAAGCGGUAGCUUGA